GUGUGUGUGACGGACAUCAUCAUGCUCAAAGGCUCUCGGUGAUCCGCUCCUUCCCAUGAUUCCUCACCAGGCCGCCCCAUGCCAACCCGUAACCAUGACGACCACUCGCCCCCGUGAGCCCCUCCGUCGCCCGGCGGCCGUUUGACUGGAUGAGGAACCCGGCCUCCAGUGAUGUGAUGCACAGGUUUGAGGUUCUUGGGAUUGUGGGGGAAGGAGCGUACGGGGUCGUCCUGAAGUGCAGACACAAGGAGACUAAUGAGAUCGUGGCCAUUAAGAAGUUUAAGGACAGUGAAGAAAAUGAGGAGGUGAAGGAGACGACCAUGCGUGAGCUGAAGAUGCUCCGCACGCUGAAGCAGGAGAACAUCGUGGAGCUGAAGGAGGCGUUUCGGCAGCGAGGGAAGCUGUACCUGGUGUUUGAGUACGUGGAGAAGAACAUGCUGGAGCUGCUGGAGGACAUGCCUAACGGAGCUCCGCCGGAGAAGGUCCGGAUCUACAUCUACCAGCUGAUCAAAGCCAUCCACUGGUGCCAUAAGAACAACAUCGUCCACAGAGAUAUCAAGCCGGAGAAUCUGCUCAUCAGCUCCGACGAUAUGCUCAAACUGUGCGACUUCGGGUUUGCGCGGGAUCUCUCUGAAAGCACCGAUGCGAACUACACUGAGUAUGUGGCUACUAGAUGGUACCGAUCCCCGGAGCUGCUGCUGGGGGCUCCGUACGGGAAGGCGGUGGACAUGUGGUCGGUGGGGUGUAUUCUGGGCGAGCUGAGCGACGGUCAGCCUCUGUUUCCGGGCGAGAGUGAGAUCGACCAGCUCUUCACCAUCCAGAAGAUCCUGGGGCCCCUGCCGCCCGAACAGAUGAAGCUCUUCUACAACAACCCACGCUUUCACGGGCUACGGUUUCCCUCGGUCAGCCAUCCGCAGACUCUGAGAUAUAAAAAUGAAUUAAUUUAUCUAAACGAGCCUGACCUUCCCUUUUCUUGUCGUUCUUCUCAAGCACUCGUUCACUGGGUUUCUAUUCGCUUGCACUUCAUUAGUCUUUACCUGAGGACUGAAUCAGAUCGAGUGGUUGAGACUGUCAACCAGGAUUAUCCAUGUCAUUGUGGUUUGUAUUUUCAGAACCUGUUGUUGUUAAACCCGAAUGAGCGCUAUCUGACUGAACAGAGUCUGAACCACCACGCCUUCCAGACUCAGCGCCUGACGGAGCGACCCGGCCCGCUCACACCCACACCCGUCCGCUCCUCCAAGAGGAAACCGCUCCUGGACAACAGCGCCCCCAGCAGGGGUCAUGUGGUCAAGAGUUCAAGUCACCAUCGCUCAAACAGCCGCGACUGUUCCAGUCUGCCCCGCCACGGGAACGAAGACCUCCACCCGUCCAGCACCGAGGCAUUCCUGAAUGGGUCGGUACCGUCUGCCAACAGCCUGAGUCCGGUGAUGCACCCCAAAUCCUUUCAGCCGCUCAACCGCUCGGCGUCAUGCGGUAAAGACCUGGCCAGCCUGCAUCACGCCAAAGAGGCCAAAUCCAAAGCAGGCGAUUUUGACUUUGGCAAACCGGCGGACGGACCGGUGCCCAAAUACCUGAAAUCCAACACGCCUCGCUCCCAGAACCGCCAUUCCUUUGUGGAGGGCAAGACCAGCACUUUGGCGGGGGACCGGGAGAAACAGAGCCGCCACGGCACAUCUUUGGGCGGAAAGGGGUCGUCUUCGUACCUGAGUUUGUCCAAGAGUCACGGAGUGCUUAGCGACGCCAAAUCCGUGAGCAACCUCAGCGACAUGCGACUGCACCCAGAUGACCCCGCCGGCUCGCCGCGCUACUUCCCCAGCAGCUGCUUGGACCUCAACAUGAACCUGAACUUGCCAGCGCCGGGCAGUCCAUCCCUGCAACACGGGGAGCGUUCCGGACACAGUCCCGCAGUGGGGCGUCGCAGCAAGCUGGAACGGGAUGGAAGCAUGGCUGAGCCGUCCACCCGCCGUUCCUCAUCAAGGCAGAAGAGUGACGGAAACCCUGUCGAUCCGCUUGACCCCAUAGGGGGACUGUCUCUUUCGGCACCCCAUGAGUUCCCCUACGGCAUGGGCUACACCAGCCCGUUUUCCUCCCAGCAGAGGCCGCAUAGGCACUCCAUGUAUGUGCGGAGGGAACGGGGGCGACCCCACGGAGGUGAGGCGGGCGGAUUGGCAGUGGGGCAAGGGAUGUCCACGAGGGCCAGCAGUCUACAGCUCCUGACCCCUCAGCUACAGCAUCGGACCCUGCCGAGACACAUGGACAAUGCCGUGUCGCGGGAAGCGGGAUUAGACGACAUCAGGGUCAGUCCUCCAGACCUCUUUCACUUUCUUUAGUGAUUUGCUAGCGCAGAGCAUUGCAGCAUGCUUUAUGAUGCCUGUGAGUGUUCGUGAAGUGUGUAGAGUUGGUCCAGUGGUGGGUCUGGAUGAGGAGUGGACAGCUUUAGCUCCAGUGUUUAGCUCCAUCCCUAAUCAGUCAGACCUGAAAAAUCCAUCCAAAGUCUUCAAGUUUGCAGGUUGAAAAUUGCAGGCAGGUGUGUUUGGUCAAGGUUGGAGCUAAACUCUGCAUGACAGUAAUUCUACAGGAUUGGAGUUGCCCAUCCCGGGUCUGGGUGAAGUCUGGACGUGUGGCUUGUAAAUAUUAGGCUCCGUUCCAAACCUUAAUAAGCUGCCCCAGUGUCUAUUGUCUACAUAGGCUGCUAGCUUCUAAGGCAACAUCCUACAAAAUUUAGAAUUAAAAUAUUGGCUCCCUUUCGGUUGAUGGGAGUGAAUUUGAUUUUA